AUGUCAGUUCUACCACAGGAGGUUCACACGGCCUUGUCACAGCUUUUUCUCGCCCUUUCAUCUGCCGAUAACGGUGUUCGAGCGCAGGCAGAGGGCCAGCUGAAUAAUGAGUGGGUUCAGAACCGCCCACAUGUUUUGUUGAUGGGUCUGGCAGAGCAGAUACAGGCCUCUGAAGAUACAAAUACACGGUCGUUUGCCGCGGUGAUUUUCCGACGCAUGGCAGCAAAGUCGAUAAAGGAUCCUUCGACCGGCGAUCACAGAGAGCUUUUUUUCAGUUUACUUCCAGACCAGAGGGUAGCUAUUCGGCAGAAACUGCUUGAGGCUUUAAGCAGUGAGAACUUUGCCCCUGUCCGGAACAAGAUUGGGGAUGCAGUCGCAGAAAUCGCGUCUCAAUACUCGGAUCAAGAGGAGCCAUGGCCAGAACUUCUAGCGGUCCUCUUCCAGGCUAGCCAGUCCCCCAUUAGCGGUCUCCGUGACGCUGCGUUCCGCAUAUUUGCCUCUACUCCGACAAUUAUAGAGAAGCAACACGAGGAUAUGGUACAAGAAGUCUUCCUGAAGGGAUUCCAAGAUGACCAUGUUUCUGUCCGGAUCUCCGCAAUGGAAGCAUUUGCAUCUUUCUUCCGGUCAAUCAGCAAGAAGACACAAACCAAAUUCUUCGGAGUUGUUCCUGAACUCCUUAACACUAUCCCACCAUUGAGAGAGGGCGAUCAGAGCGAGGAACUGUCGAAAGCUUUUGUUGCACUAAUGGAACUCGCGGAAGUCAACCCCAAAAUGUUCAAAGGCCUCUUCGACAAGCUUGUGAAAUUCAGCGUCAGCGUUAUUGGGGAUGCAGAGCUUUCUGAACAAGUUAGACAGAACGCCCUUGAACUCAUGGCUACUUUUGCCGAUUAUGCACCAUCCAUGUGCAAGAAGGAUCCCACGUAUGCCCAGGAAAUGGUUACUCAGUGCCUUAGCUUGAUGACCGAUGUUGGCCAGGAUGAUGAUGAUGCUACUGAAUGGGGAGCAUCCGAAGAUCUUGACCUAGAGGAGAGCGAUAAGAACCACGUUGCUGGUGAACAGUGCAUGGAUCGGCUUGCUAAUAAACUGGGAGGAGAAGUCAUCCUUCCUAAAACUUUUAACUGGAUCCCGAGAAUGAUGUCGUCGGCAUCAUGGCGCGAUAGACAUGCUGCCCUCAUGGCUAUUUCAGCAAUCUCUGAAGGAUGCCGCGAUUUGAUGGUUGGUGAACUCGACCAAGUUCUCGCAUUAGUCAUUCCUGCUCUUCAAGACCCUCACCCUAGAGUCCGUUUUGCCGGAUGUAAUGCCUUAGGUCAGAUGAGCACCGAUUUCGCCGGCACCAUGCAAGAAAAAUACCACGCCAUUGUCUUAGGGAAUAUUAUUCCAGUUCUCACCUCUGAACACCCCCGUGUCCAGGCACACGCUGCUGCUGCGUUGGUUAACUUCUGUGAAGAGGCAGAGCGCGCUACUCUCGAGCCAUAUCUUCCAGACCUCCUACAGAAUCUUCUACAGCUCCUCCGCAACCCCAAGAGAUAUGUUCAGGAGCAGGCUCUAUCCACUAUUGCUACCAUUGCAGACUCAGCAGAGGCUGCUUUUGGCCAGUUCUAUGAUACGUUGAUGCCUCUUUUAUUCAAUGUGCUCAAAGAGGAACAAUCCAAGGAGUAUCUUGUUGUCCGCGCCAAGGCUAUGGAGUGUGCAACUCUUAUCGCUUUGGCUGUUGGGAAGGAAAAAAUGGGCGCAGAUGCCAUUAAUUUGGUUCAGUUGCUCGGCCACAUUCAACAAAACAUCACUGAGCCUGAUGACCCACAAUCCUCCUACCUUCUCCACUGCUGGGGUCGCAUGUGCCGAGUAUUAGGCCCUGCAUUUGUUCCAUAUCUUCCCGCUGUUAUGCCGCCAUUGCUUCAGGUUGCCGCUUCCAGCGCAGAUGUCCAGGUUUUGGAUAAUGAUGAGAAUCUUCGAGACGUUGAGCAAGACCAUAACUGGGAACUGCUUCCAUUCAAGGAUAAGAUUAUUGGUAUCCGAACCAGCACCCUUGAAGACAAAAACACUGCCAUCGAAUUGAUCACCAUCUACGCCCAAGUCCUUGAAGCUGCCUUUGAGCCCUAUGUUGUCAAGGCACUGGAAGGGAUUGCCAUUCCCGGCUUAGCCUUCUUCUUCCACGACCCCGUUAGAGUUUCCUCUGCGAAACUUAUCCCGCGCCUUUUGAAUGCUUACAAGAAAUCUCAUAACGAGCAGUCAGUUGAAUUCCAGCAAAUGUGGUCUUCCAGUUUGAUAAAAAUCAUCGAGAUCCUUACCGCAGAGCCCUCCAUCGACACACUUGCGGAAAUGUUCCAAUGCUUCUACGAGUCUGUGGAGGUUGCAGGAAAGAACUGUCUUACUCCACAACACAUGGAGGCAUUCAUCGAAGCAUCCAAGAGCGCUCUUGAGGAUUACCAGAAACGAGUACAGAAACGCCUUGAAGACAAGAUAGAGUUCGACGAUGGUGAAGAUGAGGCUUUCUCAUUCGACUAUGAGAUGGAAGAGGACCAGAAUCUUCUGAGCGACAUGAACAAGGCUUUCCACACCAUCUUCAAAAACCAUGGCCCAGCAUUCCUACCAGCCUGGGAGCGGUUACUUCCAUUCUAUAACGCCUUUGUCACCAGCAACGAUCCUACACAGCGACAGUGGGUUCUCUGUAUUAUGGACGAUGUCCUUGAAUUCUGUGGCGACCAGUCAUGGAACUACAAGGACCACAUCCUUAAGCCAUUAAUUGACGGAAUGCAAGAUGAGAACCCAUCCAACCGCCAGGCCGCUGCUUAUGGAGUUGGAGUUGCUGCUCAGAAAGGUGGAGAAGCUUGGAGUGAGUUUGCAGCUGCCAGUAUCCCAAUGCUGUUCGCCGUUACUCGCUUCGAUAAUGCUAGAUCAGAGGAUCAAGUUUAUGCUACCGAGAACGGUUCUGCCAGUAUAGCCAAGAUCUUGCACUUCAACUCCAGCAAAGUUCCUAACCCUCAGGAAGUAGUCGAUAAUUGGAUUGAUACUCUUCCGAUUGAAAAUGACGAGGAAGCCGCUCCUUAUGCAUAUGCCUUCCUUGCACAACUUAUCGACCAGCGGAACCCAUCUGUUCUUGCAAAGGCUGAGAAGGUGUUCACCUCUAUUGUCCAAGCACUUGAGGCAGAAACCCUCCAAGGUAAUGUAUGCGCCAAGGUCGUCGAGGCAGCUAAACAGCUAGUUGCUGCAACUGGUGUGAAUGCCGACCAGAUUCUCGACAUCGUUCGGCCAGAGAACCAGAUGGCAGUUCGCAGACACUUCCAAUGA